AUGGUAGCGCACCUGUCUGUUCUUUCAGCUGCUUCUUCCCCAUGUGGGAGGUACUUUGCUUUCGGAACCAACUUCGGGUUCAUCUAUGUUUUCCUUCUAGAGAUUUCCGACAAAGGCAGUCCAAAUUUUACGGUUUCAAUUAUAUCUAAGCUCCCUUAUCCUGGCGGAGUUUAUUCGCUAAUAACAUCAGCCAACAGGCUUUACGCAGCCUCUGUUGGCUAUGUUGCAAAUAUCUCCUGGGAGAACCUUAUUGCUGGGAAGAGAGACUCUGAAUUCUGGUUUCCCCACGUAUGCAAAUUUGUCGGAAAUCAAACUGAACCAAAAAUAGUUGCUGGCGGUACGUCAAGCAGUCUGUUGACGUGGGACCACACGGGCGAAAUGUUAGCAGAUACCAAUCUGGGCACCGACCCAGCCACUCGCCUUCUCCAUGUGCUUACAGUUACGGAAGUGUUCUCUCCUGACAAUGCCAUCAAUGGACGUGCAGUACCGCCCAAGAAGUCCGCCAAAUCUAUCAGUAACCGCGAGCGCAAGCAAGCGGCCAAAAUGUGGUUUACUGGAGUUCCAUCUGCCCUUGUUAAGGCAUCACAAGACGCACAGGAGUCAACAGCCCCCGAUCUCGUAAAGGCGAAAUCCUUUUCCGGUCCAACCAAACGAAUUGCGAUGGAUUGCGAAUUUGUGGGCGUGGGUUUCGAUGGCAAGGACAGUGCACUGGCGCGUGUGUCCAUAGUGAAUCAAUUUGGCCAUUUGCUCAUGGAUGAGUACGUUAGGCCUAAAGAAAAGAUAACUAACUACAGGACAGCCGUCUCAGGAAUCACUCCCGCUCAUAUGCGGCCUGGUGGACCUGCGAAGGACUUCGAUUCAGUGCACCAGAAAGUCGCUGAACUAUGCAAGGGCCGUAUCUUAGUUGGCCACGCUGUCCACAAUGAUUUAAAGGGCAGAGUGCCUGGCCGCAGUGGCUCCUUAUUGCGGCCUAUAUAG